AUGAGUGUUGAAAUGAUUGGUUCUGAAAAGUCCGCGCAGAACAGACAAGCUUCAGAAACUCAAAAGGCUGUAAUUUGUAUGGUUGGGAAUGAUCAAUGGAGGUCUGAUGCUGGUGCUUGGUUCCAAUGGCCAUCAUAUGAGAAUUACACGAACCUAUUAAGAAUUAUUGUAUUUUACAAUAGGGAUCCAGAUCAUAAGAAUGCAUUAGAAAAAAUUGAUAAGGUUCAACAUGACCUAGAUAGCAUUUUUAACAUUGAAUUUGUCACAAUUGCUUUACCUGAUAGAGGAUCUCAUUUUUAUGGGAACCCUAAUCUUGGAGCAAUUUCGAUUCUUGCAAAUCCAACCAGCCAAAAUACAAGACCUUAUCUUGCACCAUACUUAAUUCACUGGAAUGCAAACAACAUUCCAGUUUACUACAUUGUAAACUGGAAUCAUCAUGUUGUAUUGAAAUGUGGCAUUUUAACAUUAUUCUUAAUAUAAUUUCCAGACCUUGUCGUUUGGAAAAUGAUAAAUUAAAUUUGAUUAUAAUUUUCUGUACAACUAAAUGGCACAUAAUUGAUGGUCUCAAUUUGUUCUGAAUUAAUAAUAUAGGAUAAAAUAUAAGUAGAUAGAAUGACUUUACCACCAGCAUAAUAUACGGCAAAGAUGGUGAUGUUUGGUCUUUUUCAUCUAUUCAGCACAACUGAAUGAUACUUUAUAUAUACUAAUAUGCUGUUCAUUUAUAACAUUUAUACCUGCUCUACACUUGGUUUUUU